AAGUUUAAGAAGUGUUUCGUGAAAAUGAAGUAUGCUGUAUCUUGGAACUUAUUGCUCAUUUACCUUUGAUAUUCGCAUCUGUGAAGAAUCACAAACUUUCCGGAAUAGCUGUCAUCGUAUAUAAGGAAAUUUUUGAAUAUAUAUAUUUUUUUAAACUUCAAAUAUGGUGUUCAAUAGUAUUCGAAUGAGUGGAAAGUUGUUACAAUUUCUAAGUGCAAUUUUUGCAAAUAUUGGUACGAUUGCAUAUGGAAUUGCUGGAGGAUGGCCAUCAGCAACAAUGCCCAUCCUAUCCUCGACAGACUCACCACUACCGUCCGGCCCUCUGACAACAGAGGAAGUCUCUCUCGUGAACUCCAUUUUGGCAAUUGGAGGAAUGGUUGGAGCAGUUUUCUUCGGAUGGAUUUCUGAUUAUUGCGGACGAAAGUGGCCUUUAGUAGUCGCAAUGAUCCCACAAGUGAUCGCUUUCAUCCUCAUAGCAACUGCACAGAAUACAAUGUUUCUCUAUAUUUCGAGAUUCCUUUCGGGUGUCUCUGGAGGAGCACUCUUUGUCCUAGCACCCAUCUACAUCAGAGAAAUAUCAGAAAACAGCAUCCGCGGAAUGCUAGGCUCAAUCUUGGGUAUCUUUUACAAUAUUGGUAUCAUCAUUGCGUACAUCAUAUGUGCUUACAUGCCAUUCUACUCCGUGCCUUAUGUUGCUCUGGCCAUCAUGUCCUUGUUCACACUAUAUACUUUCUUCCCGGAAUCUCCACAAUAUCUGCUGCUAAAAUGCCAGAAUUCAGCAGCUGAAAAAUCAUUUAAAUUCUUCCGUGGCUUCUCAAAGACUGACCAAACGAAGCUGGAAUUUGAAUCACUCAAAGCACAUGUAACCACUUCUAAUACGAAAACAAAUUUAACCUUAGAGGACUUUAAACCUGCUAGUACGAGGAAAGCUAUGCUUAUAUCCUAUAUCAUAUUAAGUGGGCGCAAUCUCUCCGGGGUCUUUCCCCUUCUGAACUACACAGUAUCAAUUUUUGAGGCAGCUGGAACUGGAUUUGAUCCUCAUAUCUCAUCAAUAAUUGUGGCAGUUAUUCAACUGGCUGGAACGGCUUUUUCAGCCUAUAUAACUGACAAAUCCGGGAGAAGAUUCCUUCUGAUAUCUUCCCUUCUCUUAACAGGCCUGUGUCUCUCUGUCAUGGGGAUCUACUUCUACCUUAAUCAUUUGCAGUAUGACCUUUCUAGUAUAUCCUGGCUACCGGUGGUAUUUCUUUCGGGAACAUUUUUCGUGGCAGCAGGAGUCCUCAAUGUUCCUGUGUACAUCCUGGCUGAGCUUCUUCCUGUUAAGGUCAGGAGUAGUGUAGCCACAGUUUUCAUGGCAACAGCCUGGCCUCAGACUUUCUUCAUCGUGCAGUAUUAUGCGCCAAUUGCUGAAUCUCUAGGAGUGUACAGUUGCAUGUGGCUGUUUGCCGGAUGGUGUUUCUUUGAGGCUAUAUUUGCAUAUUUUCUACUUCCGGAAACAAAGGGGAAAAGUGCAGCAGAAAUUGUACUGGCUCUAGAGGGAGAAAUAAAGUGAUGACUUGUGGUUGUGAUAUGAUAGUUCUCUUGAAUUUAAAGCUGGGAUCAAAUCUUUCACUUCUAGACAGUUUAUCAAAGCUUAUCAGUCACUCCAACACACCUACAAUAAGCUAAGUCAAUAAUUUUAUUGUUCAACCUCCAUGGGGAGAAUAAUAUUUAUAAUCCCUUGAUCUUGUAAUACCUCGAAAUAUACACCUUUCAUGCUUCAAGGACACAUUCAUUUGAAAUAUCUUUGUGAAUCAGAUGACGCUGAUUGUUUAUCCGGCUUCAAUAGAGUUGCAGAUCAAAUGAAUAAAGAGAGUGAUUUAAAAUCUUCCA